AUGCGUUCUGUCCUUCUUAGACUUAACGACGAAGGAACGCCAAUCGGCAACGACGCCGUGAAAAACGGUGUUUUCAUUCUUCCAAGCUAUGCACCACCUAAGGGUUACGCAAAGGGGGACCCUUUGUUUGAGUUGGUUGUUCAGCUCAAUGCGGCUGCUCCAGUGACAAGAAAGGGUACUUUUUUCAUCAAUGUCCCUAAAAACGGUUCUACGGCUUUCAAAAGGCACCAGUUCCAGGAGAUUCCUUUAUCGAGCUCAUUCACGAAGGACACUACGUUCAAGGUGCCUAUCUUCUACCCUGGGCCUUACUCUUUCUACAUUGAGUACGAGAAUGAGAAGGAGGAAGCAGCUAAAAGUGAACAAGUGUACUUUGUUGUGCCACCUAACCUUGUGGUCAACGGUAAGUACGUGCCUUUCAAUGCCAUCAACAUCCAGACCAUAGUGUCCAAAUGGGCUGGCCCCUUGGACAACUGGGACAAGUUGUUUGGAUAUGUUUCCGAAAAGGGAUACGAUAUGAUUCAUUUCACUCCUUUGCAAGAAAGAGGCUCAUCCAAUUCGCCCUACUCUAUCCGGGACCAAUUGCGUUUUGACCCUGCGCUCUUCUCAGAUACCAAGAAGGCCAUUCUGUUUAUUCACGAGACCACCGGUAAGCAUAACUUGUUGUCAUUGACCGAUGUGGUUUGGAACCACACUUCGGAUGAUUCUCCAUGGCUUAGAGAUCAUCCUGAUGCUGGAUAUAAUGCGAUAACCGCCCCACAUUUGAAAGCUGCUAUCGAGUUGGAUCAGAAACUCUUAGAUUAUUCCGAUAAGUUGUCAGAGCUUGGCUUACCCACUGAAAUUAAUGAUGAGGGAGCUCUCAAAAAAAUUGUUAGUGGAAUUCAGGAACAUGUCUUAGAUUCACUCGCCUUGUGGCAAUACUAUGUGUUUGACAAAAAAGAGACCCUUAAGGACUUAAAGGAACGCUUCGACAGCGGCAAGGUUGACCCGGCUGAUAUUCCUGAUCAUGUUAACGUGUCCGAUAUAAAACUGUUAGCAUCUUAUGUUCUCAGUAGCGCCAGUGUUGAUGGGGAACCAAUCUUGAACGAUAGAUUCCUGAAUAAGCUCGAUAGCUCAAAGUUCUUGAGCAUCCUUUUUGCUGUCGCCUCUGGAGAAUUUGAACAAGUUGAAGGCAAAGCGUCUCGUAUUAUUGACGAGAUAAAUGCUCCUUUAUACGCCGCCUAUGACGAUGACGUUCGUUCAAUCAAAUUGCAAGUUGCCGAUAGAGCUAGAUAUCUUAGAUUGGCAGACAAUGGCCCAAAGUUGGGUCCUAUCACAAAAGAUAGUAAGUUCACCGAGGCUUAUUUUACAAGAUUUGAAGGUAAAGAUGGCCAAGAAUAUGCUUUGGCCAACAAUGGUUGGAUUUGGGGUGGUAAUCCGCUUGUCGACUUUGCUUCUUCGCAAUCCAAAUCUUACCUUCGCCGUGAAGUCAUUGUUUGGAGUGACUGUGUCAAGUUGAGAUACGGUAAGGGCCCCGAAGACUCUCCUCACCUUUGGGAAAGAAUGAUAGAGUACACCAAGAACAGUGCUGAAGCUUUCAGCGGUUUCAGACUUGACAAUUGUCACUCUACGCCUUUGCAUGUUGGCGAAGCCUUGUUGGACGCUGCCAGAUCAGUGAAUCCAGACUUGUAUGUGGCUGCUGAGCUUUUUACUGGAUCUGAGGAGAUGGACAAGAUUUUCGUUGAAAGAUUGGGAAUCAACUCAUUGAUCAGAGAGGCAAUGCAAGCAUGGAGUGUCGAAGAAUUAUCAAGACUUGUCCACAAGCACGGUGGUAGACCAAUUGGCUCUCUUACUUGGAUGCCAUUAGACGAAUUCGCAUACCCUUGCGAGGAGGAGCCAACCGCCAACAAAUAUGCUGAAGGUCACUCUGAGUUGGAAAUCCCUCAUGUUCUUACGAACCAUGCCCCACAUGCCUUGUUCAUGGAUUGUACUCAUGAUAACCAAAUGCCAGCUCAAGUUAGAACCGUGGAGGACACCUUAUCUACCGCAGCAUUGGUUGCUUUCUGCUCCAGUGCCAUUGGAACCACCUUUGGAUUCGAUGAAACUUAUCCUGAAUUGCUUGAUGUUGUCAACGAAGAUAGACAGUACUCAUUCGAUGCCACAAGUGGUAUUGCUGAAGCAAGAAAGAAGAUGAAUGACGUGAGAGACUCCUUAGCAGAGGAAAGCAAGGAGGCAGCAUCAGACCAAGAGAUGUACAUUCAUCACGAAAACCAGUAUAUCACCAUUCAGAGAUAUAAUACGGUUACAGGUGAGGGUUGGUUUUUGAUUGCCAGAACCAAGUUCUUCGAGGGCCAAGAUGAUCAAAUUUUGAACCCAGUUAUAUUAAGUGGAACUGAAGUGAAGCUAGAGUUUAGCUACACUUUGAAAAAGGUUGGAGAGUAUUCUAGGGAUGAAAAAUACCUUACCUCCAUUCCAACCAAACUUGAGGAAAUCACCUUACCAGAAGUGGAACAUAAUGGUAACGAGGCCAUCAUUAGGGUGGAUGAAUCUUUUGUUCCAGGAAGUAUUGCAGUGUUUUCGACUAAGAUCCCCAAUGUUGACGCCUCUUUGGACGAGUUUGUUAAGAAGGGUGCAGUGGAAGCCUCUUUGGGCUUGGACUUGUAUGACUUGAACAACAUCUUGUACAGAAGUGAGCCCGAAGAAAGAGACGCAAGCGGGGGUUCUGAUAGCGUUUAUGAUAUCCCAAACUAUGGACCUUUGGUAUACGCUGGCUUGCAAGGUUGGGUAUCUGUGCUCAAGGGAGUUGUCUGGAGUAACGAUCUUGCUCAUCCACUCUGUAAUCACUUGAGAGAAGGUUUUUGGGCUGGUGAUUACAUCGUGAACAGACUUGAGAAGUAUGUCAAGAACUCUAAGAAUUUGCAUCAGUUCCGUGAUUGGCUUAAGUCUCGCGUGGAUGCCAUUAGAAAGGUGCCAUACUUCUUGAGGCCACAUUACUUUGCACUUGUUGUUGGCGUCGCCUAUGAAGCUGCUAGAUUCCGUGUCUUGAGACAGCUCGAUGACAACAUCAAGAGUGCCACCAACUUUGUCCAAAGCUUAGCCCUUACAAGUGUUCAAAUGUGUGGCUUCAUGAAUAACACUUCGUUGCUUCCUAAGACGAAUGUGCCAUGUCUCUCUGCUGGUCUUCCUCACUUUAGUAACGAUUAUAUGAGGUGCUGGGGCAGAGACGUGUUUAUUUCUUUCCGUGGUUUGUUAAUUGUACCAGGCAGGUUUGAUGAUGCCAAACAGCACAUCCUUGGAUUUGCUAAAACGUUGAAGCAUGGUCUCAUUCCUAAUUUGUUGGAUGCUGGUAGAAAUCCUCGUUAUAAUGCUAGAGAUGCCGCUUGGUUUUUCGCUCAAGCCGUCCAGGAAUACGUGAUCAAUGUUCCUGAUGGAGUGAAAAUCCUCGACGAGAAGGUCUCUAGAAGAUUCCCUCUUGAUGACACCUACAUUCCAUGGGAUGACGAGAAGGCAUUUAGUUACGAGACCUCCAUCAGAGAUAUUCUCUACGAGAUUUUAGCUCGUCACGCUAAGGGCAUCAAAUACCGUGAGGCUAACGCUGGGCCAAACCUCGACAGGCAGAUGACUGACGAAGGCUUCAAUGUGGAAGUGAAUGUUGACUGGGAAACUGGUCUCGUCCAUGGUGGUUCCCAGUGGAACUGUGGUACCUGGAUGGAUAAGAUGGGUGAGAGUGAAAAGGCUGGUAACAAGGGUUACCCAGGUACGCCUAGAGAUGGUGCAGCAGUUGAGUUGCAAGGUCUUUUGAAGAGUACUUUGAGGUUCGUGAACAAGUUGCGCAGUGAGGGUCAUUUCGGAUAUACUGAAGUCGAGAAGCCAGAUGGCAGCAAGGUGCUGUUAGAAGACUGGGAGAAGCUUAUCCAGGAGAACUUUGAGAAACACUUUUAUGUUCCUGAGGAUGCUUCUGAGGACCAAAACUAUUCUAUUAAUCCUGAUGUGGUGAACAGAAGAGGUAUCUAUAAGGAUCUUUACCGCAGUGGUAAGGAGUUUGAAGAUUACCAGUUGAGAGCCAACUUCCCUAUUGCGAUGUCUGUUGCACCAGAAUUGUUCGACGCCGAGAAAGCACUCAAAGCCAUCAAGAUCGCUGAUGAGGUCAUCAGAGGUCCUGUGGGUAUGAGAACGUUGGACCCUUCAGACUGGAACUACCGCCCAGACUACCACAACUCAGAGGACAGUGAAGAUUUUGCUACAUCCAAGGGAAGAAACUACCAUCAAGGUCCAGAAUGGGUUUGGCUUUUUGGCUACUUUAUCAGAUCUUUCUUGUACUUCCACCAUCAGGACGAGAAGAGCGGAGCGCACAGACCUUCAGUGGAGCUUUUGACAGAAGUCAACAAGAGACUCAGUGGCCACAAGAAGUGGAUCCGUGAAAGCCCCUGGGCCGGUAUUACCGAGUUGACCAACAAAGACGGAGCCUUGUGCCAUGACUCAAGUCCUACACAAGCAUGGAGCACAUCUUGUCUUCUAGACUUGUACUACGACCUUUGGAACAGUACAGAGUAUGCGUGA